AUGGCCCAGCCCUCGUCUGUCAUGGCCGUGCGAUCUACCCGGAUGGCAUCUACGCUCGAGGACCAGCACGAGAUUCUUGAUCAGCAUCACCACUACCGCUACCGCUACCAUUCGCUAGGUGCCAAAUUCCUAGGAUGGGAACGAGGUGCGCAUAACAUAUAUUCAUCGCAAAUCCCACCAAUGUAG